AUGGCGACGGAGACGUCCGAGACACUCGAUCGAUACAUCGCACAGUUUCAUGACAAGCUCGAUGACAUGAUAUCCCGGCUAUCGGCGAGCGGUCUCCCGGAGCAUGGCCAGAUCCCAUCGCAGUUAUUCGAAGCGAGCGCUCCAAAUAAUCCACGGCUGUACGGCGACUAUCCUCGGCAGCAGACCGUCCUCAUUUCGUUUGCACGCACUCUGCUCUCUAUGAUGAAAUAUCACAUUUCGAUUGUCUCGGGCCGCAUGUUGGGGUCGCCCUGGAACAGCUUAAUACCGAACUGCAUCCUCUUCCUGCAUAAUUAUCUCCACGUUUCCCAGCUGCCUGCUUUCCACCCUUAUCGCUGGCUCUUCCCGGGUAAGUUGCAGCCACUACACGAGUGCUUCGUCGUGCUCCAAUACCUAAAACAACCCAACCAAGAGCACGACGUCCAGAUUUUGCACAAUCUCCUAAACGAGGUCUUCGACAUAUUCAAGCCUCGAGAGAGUGGUGAUGAAAGUGGUGCCAUCGAGCCUUGGCAGCGAGCUGCCUGUGAAUUAUACGCAGCACCAUGGACCAUACUGCGACAAAUCCACGAUGAUAUAGAGAGAAGAACAUUCCGACAAGGCGACCCUUUGAUUCAUUCACCAAAUGAUGAUGAUGGUGAUGGUGAUGAAAUGGGAAAUAUAUGGAACGAUUUCAUAUUCCUUGAUCGAGGACAGCUAUCGUCACCCACGGUGGUGUGAAGUCAUUAAGAUGUUUGCCAUGAAUGUGAUAUGAUUUUAUGGGGGUUCUAAAAUCUGCUGUAGCCUGUAUUAUGUCUACGAUUUGGAAACAACGGUGCCCCCGUUUUUUGUACAAUCGUACAGCCUGAUCUUCAGGUUCUUGGCUAAAGCUCACCUCUAAAUCCUAAGCUCCAGGAGUUAAAAUAGAGAAUAGCAAACAAGUAUCAAUUAAUGUGCCUCUAGAAACCUGGCAGCAUUUCAUCGCCUAUCCAACUAUGUGGUCUAUCGUGUGAUCUAUUCAUCUAUAAGAUGUCCGCCCGUGUUUGGUACGUAAUUAAGCUGAGUGUAACCGCCUAAAUUUGGGAAAAUAUAAAUUAGAUAGUGUUAAAUAAUUCUGUAAUUAUUGGAUACCAGGAGGAAAGAAGAGAAUAGGCACUAACCAGAAGACUGGGACUCUGAAUAUGUAAAGUGGUUUCUUUCAUAUACCAG